AUCUCUCGUAUAUAACCUUGCGCUGCGAGUCCCGACGCUUGUACAGAUUCCGCCUUAGAUCCAUCACCCAUCAGUCCUUUCCCGACGCUCCCCACGACGACCACGACCCCGACGACGUCCUCAUCGGCGCCGCCUCUCAUGACGACCACUGUAACCCAACCCAUCGCUCUCCCUUCUCAUCAUGACCGAGACGUUUCCAUGACCUCUGGCUCCUUUACUGGCACCAGCGGCUCGUUUAACCCUGCUUCAUACACCCGACAUCUCAUAGGCUCGCCGCUAUCGUUCCGCUCGGGGUCGUUUGGAAGCAGAUUCUACCCUGGCGUAUCACCAGGACAGUUAUUAGGGCCACUAGACCCUACCGAUUUCAAAUUCGGCAAAGUUUCUUCCUCAGUAGAGAGCGAUCGCGGAUCGAUAUUGAAUGCCUUCACCAUCCAGGAUAGAGAGGAUGAACUGUGCCGUAAUUAUACGUGUUGCGGGCUCAACCUGACCGACCUGCACGCGCUGCUAGAGCACUUUGAGGAAUGCCACGUCGUGGUUGUCGACCCGUACCACCCCCAACCUCAGCUACAAGUGCAGACCUCGCAGAAUAACCCGCCACAGAACGUAGACCUCACCACCGCCGUCGAGGCCGCCGCACAAAAUGCGAAUAACAUGAACAACAACCAGUACGUCGUGCAGCCCGCGCCGGCAAGCACGAUGCUGCAGAUCCCGCAGGGCUACCACAACGGGCUGUUCGACCCGGACGAUAUGGAGAUGGACAUGGAGAACGCGAGCGCGCCGUCCAGCGGCGCGCCCUCCCCACCUGAUACUCCGAUUUCCACGCCGCUGUCGAGCUACCCCAGCCCGUCGAUGGCCUCGAGCGGCCAUGCGUUCCCGCACCCGCAGGUGUACUCGAGUCCGGCGUCCACGUCGAACUCCGCGUGUCCCUCGCCCAUAUCCGCGUUCGAUACGACCACGGUCUUGUCGUCUCGCUCGUCGCUGCUCUCGGUCUCGACGUUCCCGGCGACGAGGGAUAUGUUAAAUAAUGGCUACAAUGGGUACAAUGGCGAUGCGUUCUCUGCUUCUGGCAUGGUCAGCGAAGGUGUCGACAGCGCUCCGCAGACGCCACUAUCGCCCGAGAGCUGCGUGCCCCCUGCGCUCUUGUUCUCUGCUUCCAGCACUCCCGUGACGACUCCUAAUGGCUCUCGCGUCAACUCUCCCGCUCCGAACUCCUACUUCCCGCAAGCAUCCACCUCUGGCUCUUCGUCUCUAAACCCGAACAAGGCAAGCAGCUCUGCUGCCGCCCGCGCAAGCACCACGCUCUCACGCCCCUCGUCGUCGCUCUUGCUCUCGAAGCCGUUCAAGUGCCCGAAGCCCAACUGCAACAAGUCGUACAAGCAGGCGAACGGGUUGAAGUACCACAUGACGCACGGCUCCUGUAGCUUCGGGCCGGCGAAGGAGCUCGGCGAGGUGCAGGCGGUGCUGAAGGAACGCGAGCGCGAGGGUUCGGAGGGCGAGCCGCUGACGGAGCGCGAGAUGAUGGAGAUUGAGCGCGAGGCGGAACGCAGGCUCCGGCCGUUUGCUUGUGGGGUUGGGGACUGCCAGAGGCGGUACAAGAACAUGAAUGGACUGAGGUAUCACUACCAGCACUCCGGCGAUCAUGGAGCGAUUGGUCUGGCUCUUCUUGCGUCUGGCCAGCACGAGUGCCUACGGAACGCUCACGGCCGACGAGACGGCAGCCGUGACCGCAAUGCGAACAACGCCGCGGCCCAACAGCAACGCCAGUCGCAGACUACGUUCCCUUCGAAUCCUCAGCCUCAGACGUCGACGACGCAAUACGCUCAGCAGCAGCAGCAGCAGCAACCGCAACAGCAAACGUUUGCGACGGCAUACACUGUUCAGCCGACGCAGUCGCAGCAGCACCAGCCGCAUCAGCAGCCGCAGCAGUGGUCGACGCCGAUGAUGGUGUACAACGUCCAAAUGCAGCCGCAAGCGCAGCCGCAGCACCAAGGCUACUCGAGCUGAUCGAACUCGCGUUCUGUUCCCGUCUCUCGCUGUCCUCCAUUGUAUCGCGAUCCAGCCGAUCCUCCACGACGGAGAUGUGUAUAAAAGUACGACAUUGGUAUAUAAUUGGGUUUUCUACCGCCGGGGUCACUUGCCUGCUUCCGACUUCGACUUCACCAUCCGUCAACUUCGUCCUUAUAGACUGCAACAUCCUCGACUAAUAUACGGGAGGUCGUGGGGAGUGGCUGGAUGUGUUGCGGGUCGUUGCGUGCGUCAAAAAGUAUUUGCAUAUAUAAUCCUCUUGCUCUUUCCUUGUUUUCUUGUCCAUGUUUGUUGCUUGCUCGUCUCUUUUCCUUCCCUCUAACCGACAAAAUAUCGUUUUACCAGGCAUCAGUGCCACUUCCCAUCUCACUCCGCUGCGGGUCUCUGGCUUGGUUUUCUGGACAGACUGUAAUCAUUAUUAGUGUAAUUUUCCUUGCUCUGCGUCAUUGCUCUAUUCUCGACGUCCUUCUCUCUCCACUUACGAUAUCGACUACGCACCACUAGUAUAUAGCUCCCUCCCCCUCAUGACUUGGUAUGACCCACUGUUAUCAAAAGCCGGUGCUAUGACCUGUUGUACAUGUACACGCUUUUAGAUAGCUGCUACGGUACAUGUUGUACGAUGUGGUCAAUGACAUAAAAAAUAAGAUAGAGUGGU